CUCGACAUCCCCGCCGAUCUGCCGCUCUGCCACACGGUGGGCUACAAGCGCAUGCGACUGCCCAACCUGCUGGAGCACGAGAGCCUAGCCGAGGUAAAGCAGCAGGCGAGCAGCUGGCUGCCGCUGCUGGCCAAGCGCUGCCACUCGGACACCCAGGUCUUCCUCUGCUCGCUCUUCGCGCCCGUCUGCCUAGACCGGCCCAUCUACCCAUGCCGCUCGCUGUGCGAGGCCGUGCGCGCUGGCUGCGCGCCGCUCAUGGAGGCCUACGGCUUCCCCUGGCCUGAGAUGCUGCACUGCCACAAGUUCCCCCUGGACAACGACCUCUGCAUCGCGGUGCAGUUCGGGCACCUGCCUGCCACCGCGCCUCCAGUGACCAAGAUCUGUGCCCAGUGUGAGAUGGAGGACAGUGCUGACGGCCUCAUGGAGCAGAUGUGCUCUAGCGACUUUGUGGUCAAGAUGCGAAUUAAGGAGAUCAAGAUAGACAAUGGGGACCGGAAGUUGAUUGGAGCCCAGAAGAAGAAGAAGCUGCUCAAGGCAGGCCCCUUAAAGCGCAAGGACACCAAGAAGCUGGUCCUGCACAUGAAGAAUGGUGCGGGCUGCCCCUGCCCACAGCUGGACAACCUAACAGGCAGCUUCCUGGUCAUGGGUCGAAAAGUGGAGGGACAGCUGCUGCUCAUGGCCGUUUACCGAUGGGACAAGAAGAAUAAGGAAAUGAAGUUUGCAGUCAAAUUCAUGUUCUCAUACCCCUGUUCCCUCUACUACCCUUUUUUCUACGGGGCAGCUGAACCCCACUGAGGGGCCCUUCUCCAUGCCCCAGCCAGCCAGCUGUGCCUUGCCCUCUGUCCCUGCCCACCUGGCCUCACCCCCACUCCCAGGCUGACCCAGCCCCUGGUAAAGGUGGCUUCAUGCAGCUACUACUUGCACAGGCUCCAACGGAUAGACACAGGGCUACCCUCCUUGACUGAGGGGUUCUGGGAUCCUGGGGUCUAUCAGAGGCUCCUGGGGAUGGGGGGGGCAGUGCCUGAGAAAGCAAGCAAAGGAGAAAAAUGUGAAGGAAGGGUACAGGGCCUCCCGCAGCCUGGGGCGGGAGUUUCCAGAAAGAAUAGUGGGUCUCAUCAUUAAGAGGGACCUCAGUGCUUCAAGGACAGCUUUCCUCCCACACUGCCCUUUCUGUAUCAUCGCAGGCCUCCAAAGAACAAGAGUCAAGGCUCCCAUGUCCUCCAGCAACACCCACCUCUCCUCUGGAGCCCUGCUGGACAGGAGUGCCGGCUCAGCAGCUUCUGCAGACAUUGUCACACAGGCUUGCCUUCUGGCUCUUGCCUCAGCCCCCACACCCUUGUGUCCCAACCACAAUAAAUUAUUGCUACUGCUGUGAGGCCACUGGUUUUACACAACA